UUCCAACCCAAUUCCAAGGAAAAUAACCAAACCGAAAAUAUGAAAACAGAACAAUACAGAAGCUUUCUCUGCCUCGCUAACCCUCUGUUCUCCCAAUUGCACGACUAAUCUUCUUCCACCACCACCACCACCGGUCCGCCACCUUCCUCCCACAUAGUUAAGAAGAAUCUCCGUCAGUGAUUCCACCCUUCGCUUUCAUUCUUGGUGUUGCAUAUGGCUUUUAAUUUAUUGGGAUUUUGAGAGUCCACCAGAUGGGAACCAAUUGCUACCUUUGGAUUUCAUAGACUAAUUUGUGCUUGGGUAGUCGAGGAUUCAUGGAUUUUGCUUGAUUUUGGUGGGUUUUUGAUGUGGGAAGUCAUGAGGAGCCGCAACAGCAGUUUCAAGGAAGAAGAUCUAAAGAAAGAGACAUCUCCCUCUUCAGCUUCUUCUGCUGUCGAUUCAAGAUUCAAUCAAACUCUCAGAAGUGUUCACGGGUUGCUGAAAGGGCGCAGUUUUCCUGGUAAGAUACUAAUCACAAGGAGGACAGAUCCACAGGAUGACUUAAUUCUAAGGUCUCCAGAUAGUAACAGGAGUUUAUCAGAUAAUGAUACUGGUUCCAGUGAACGAGUGGCUGAAUCUAGUCAGGAUGGACUCCAAAACAGAAGUAAUGCAAGUACUACUACAUCUUUUAGCAAAAUGAAAUUGUCAACCUCAAAUUCAGAAAAUGCAUCUAGAGAGGUUCAGAAACCCACGGUGGGUGCUAGAGCUACAGAUUCCGCAAGAUUGAUGAAGUUCACAAAAGAAUUGUCUGGGACGACUGUUAUUCUAGGUAUUAAUAAUUUUUCUAUAAUACAUCUGAAUCAUUGUCUUUGCUUGCGAUGAUAGUAUUUAAGAAUU